AUGCGUUUGCUACCAGUCUUCGCAUUUCUGUCCCCUUUAUGUGCCUCCCUAGUCUCCAGUGAUGCCGUAUUCACAAAUCCACCUCCAUUCGCGCAAAGCGGCUACGAGGCAACCCAAAAUCCUGUCUACGCAACAGGAUCUACACUCCAGAUAAGUUGGACAACCGGAUCAGCCAAGGGUAACACGUCGUUGGCACUCUUUCAACUGAACGGUACAACAUCCAUGUAUCCGUAUGAGUUUCUAGCAAAUAACCAGGGUGCGGAUGUGACGUCUUUGGCAUGGACGGUACAAACGGACAAAAACCUCACAAUUUCCAAUAUGUUUUGGAUGUGUCUGUUUCCAGAAGGCAGUUCAGAUGCUGAAGCAUGCACUCAUUUCUUCAACAUCACCGGUGGCCACAAAGCUGGGGCGCUAAUGUCAGCUGGACCUGACUCUAGCUCUAGUUUGGGCCCGAUAACAAUGACGGCAAGCUCUAUGGAGUUCAGCUCAUUUACCACAACAUUUACAUCUUCUCCAACAUCCAUAGCCCAAUCGGCGUCUAUGCCUACAGUUGUUGCAGUAUCGACAUCGGCGUCCUCUACGAUCACAUCUAGCUCCCCCGCUCCUGAUUCGACCUCCAGUGCGCUAACAACUGUUGAAAAAGCGGGACUAGGCGUUGGUGUAUCGGUUGGGGCUCUUUUUGCUGUUGGUGGAGGUUGGCUCGCAUUCUCUCGUUGGAGAAAAUGGCGGGAAACACCUGUCGAAACAAAUGCACGCACACGUAAUUAUAUCUAUGGAUACUCACGUGAAAAACUAGAUAGUAUGUCUCGGAUAUCUACUCCUCAUUCGGGCUGGAAUUAG